AUGGAAGUGCCUUGCACUCAUUCCACCCUUCUACCACCCUCUCUUCCCGCCUCCUCCCCUUCGUCACGCCCCUCCCCACUCCCUCUCCCUCCCACUUCCCCUCCUCCUCCCCAUUUCCCCCCCCCCACCCCGCAACCACCUCUCCACCCUGCCCCUCCCACAGAGCACCUGGGGUUGAUAUACUGCUUCGUGGAGAAAGUAGCGUGCACGAGCUGGAAGAUGUGGCUGCGCGCCGCACACGGCUUCAGCAACCUCACGGACUACAACUACACGCACCAUGCGCACCUCAAUGGGCUCACACUCAUGUACCGGGAUCUAGACGAGGACGAUGCUAUUCGGCAGCUGACCCGGAGGGACCUGGUGAAGUUUGUGUUCGUGCGGAAUCCGUUUUCGCGGCUGCUGAGCGCGCAUGCGGAUAAGCUGGUGAAUGGCGGGGAGAAGCACAAUGUGACGCUGUGGAACCAUCGGAUAUUUGGGCGGGAGCGGCUGGAGCAGCAUGGGGAGAGGGUGGAUGUGCCAGUGGGGUUCAAGGCAGCAGUGCGCAUGGUGGCGGAUAUAGUGCGCGAGACAGGGGGCAAUGGGGAUGCUCACAUCGCCACUCAGGCGCAGCUGUGUGGGCUGCACAUGAUCCGCUACGACGAGGUGGGGCGCUUUGAGACUCUGCACGACGACGUUGAGCGCGUGGUCACGCGCCUCAAUCGCUCCCACGUGGACCCUGCACACAUCUUCAAGCUUGGGUCACAGAUCCACAAGACUCGUGCAGAGCAGAGGAUGCGCGCUGCCUACGAUAAGGAGACGAUUGAGAUUGUGAGGCAAGCGUAUGCUGCGGAUUUUCAUGUUCCAUUGAACCACAUAGACUACGACAUUCCAGAUGUGCUGCGAGACAUAGCAGAAGCUAAGGAAGAGGGGGCACAUACAGGAGUAGAGGGGGAGCAGUUGCCUGAGGAUAGUGUUCAAAACUAA